UGGUCCAUUAACUGGUUAUCGCCCUUACAGAUUACCAGAAGAGUUCCGUAGAGAGAGAAAGAGACGAAGAAGAGAGAGAAAGUAUGACGACGAUUCGUAGAUUCAGCUGCAAUGACUUGCUUCGCUUCGCGUCAGUGAAUUUGGAUCAUCUUACUGAAACUUUCAACAUGUCAUUUUAUAUGACUUACAUGGCAAGAUGGCCGGAUUAUUUCCAUGUUGCAAAAGCUCCCGGCGGCCACAUCAUGGGAUACAUUAUGGGAAAAGUUGAAGGGCAAGGUGAAUCUUGGCAUGGUCACGUUACUGCAGUAACUGUGGCUCCUGAAUAUCGGAGGCAGCAAUUAGCCAAGAAAUUGAUGUACCUGCUGGAAGAAGUCAGUGAUAAGAUCGAUAAGGCUUACUUUGUGGACUUGUUUGUGAGAGCAUCAAACACACCAGCCAUAAAGAUGUACGAGAAGCUUGAUUACGUAGUAUAUAGGCGAGUUUUACGCUAUUACUCAGGGGAGGAAGAUGGUUUGGAUAUGAGAAAGGCACUAUCGCGAGAUGUAGAAAAGAAGUCUAUCAUCCCUCUUAAACGACCGGUAACUCCAGAUGAAUUGGAGUAUGACUGAGUCAGUAAGAGUUGUUACCCCAUGUAAUCUUAUCUUUCAAGAAGCUAAGUUUAGGUAUCGAGAAGUCUUGUCUAGAAAUGUAUGAGAUGAAGGAGUCUGGGUUCUUUAUCUAUAGUACUCUUGUGCCAUUAAGUACUACGCAUAUUAUGUUUAAGAACCAAGUGCUAGAAUUUCUGGCCUUGUGUAUGUUCUUUUAAUAUAUUAAAUUGUUUAAUUUUUGUGACUUA